ACAAAACUUAAACCCUGGACAUCCAUCUUUGGACAUCUAUCGAGAGGCCAACACUUGGCUUCUUACACCUGUGAUUCGCACCUGUACAAUACUCUAUAUAUGUACAUAUAGUAAUCUGUUACCUGUUCUUAACAACGCUACCGACUAUUUAACCACGUGGCGGUGAAUUGUGUGUGACGUAACAAAGGUUUAUAUUUAUGGAAUAAUGAAGAUCGCCACGGCAGUAACUUUGGUCCUUGGAGCAUUGCUCCUAGUGACUGGAAGUCAGGGGUCUGGACUUGAUGGGAUUUCAGUUGACUUUAUUAAGAACAUGACUGAUAAGCAGGUCGUUGCUCUUCUGGGUGACAUACUUUUGCAAAAUCCGACCAUGCUUCACAAACUUGAGCCGAUUCCAUUUGCUAUUGGCCCAGUGAUGGACGAGAUCUCAAAGUUAAGAGUAGAGAUAUCCAGUUCGGUGUUACCAUGGUUACUUGAUGGUUUGCCUGCUUGGCUGAACAAUCCAGAUUUCUUAACAGGCGUAAAAGCCCUUGUGAAGAAUGUAAAGAAUGUAAACAUUACGGAUUUGGUAGCCACACAGAACUACACGAUAUUGAUGUAUGGCGUGGUAGCUCGAACAGAUUAUAUCAGUGUCAUUGAGGAUUUCCUGAUGGCAGAAGGGGCUAACAUCACAAGAGCUAUUGGCCUCGAACCUCACAUAGCUGCAAAGGUUUUACCAUGGAUCGUCCAAAACGCUGGUAUGUUUCUAAGACAUGACGGUCCUGCCAUAGUGAACAUUCUCGUCCAGGAACUAAAUAUGAUGAAUUUGACAGGACUGGAAAAAGUCAAUGGAUCCAGAGCAAUAUUAGCCAUGUUACAAAGGAUCAACUACAUUGAUUUGUUGGGUAAACUCUACCAACUACCGUCAGUGAAAGGACUCGUUCAUACUGGUUUCCAGCUUAUAGGUCUUGAUCCAACUCUUGGUGAUCAGUUGAUACCUGAACUGUACCAUGGGUUUGAAGAAAUAGUUAAGUUAACACUUCAACAAAUAAACCAGCUCAACUUUACAGCUCUUGCCGGGUUGUACCAAGUGAACAUCACAGAUGUAGAUUUACUGGAGAGAAUUAACUAUCUCGACAUUCUAAAAUCGACAUUCCUUUCCAAAAUUGGACCCGUUGUGCUAACAUAUGUUCGAGAAAACUCAGUAGGCGUAAUGAAACUGUUUAUUGAAGAACUGAACCUCGUAUCCAAGAAAAAUGUAUUGUUCUUCAUAUUCAACAAGCCAACUUUAGCUAAUCUAUUGCAAAAAUUCGAUUGGGGAGAAUUUUUGACAAAGUUUUUAGAAAGGUUCGGGAAACCCGUGUUCGACCUCGUAGGUUUAAAUCCUGUGAUUGGGAAGGUUCUGGCACCAGUCAUUGCGAAGGAUGUUCCGAAUCUCCUAAAAUUUACCAUACAGGACCUGAACAAGAUUAACGUAAGUCUGGUUGAGAAUCCGCCGAACGGGACAAGCCCGCUAGUUGUCAUCGUGAAGGAGCUCGACAUAGCUAAUAUUCUACACGAGUUUGUAAAACUUAAAGGUCUGCAAUGGGAUGAUAUAAUGGGAUUAAAUACCGCAACAGCUCUUAUGCUGUUAGACUGGACCUCGCAGAGGGUUAUUAACUUUCUUAAGAACGAGACUUAUGGAUUGCUUAGCAGAUUUGUGGAGGAAGUCAAGCUAGUAAACACUUCUGGACUUGAUCCAUCAAACGCUGAUGAAUAUGCUGGUGGAAUCAUGAGCCGGCUUGCGUGGAGUAAUCUUCUUUCUGGCAUAAUUGUAGACCAGAAAGAUUUGGUGUUCUCACUACUUAAUCUUCAGUCUUUACAAAAUAUGGACACUGAGCUCGUUACCCGUAUAAUGCAACCUGUUCUUGGAGUUCUCCCUAAUGUCCUCAACGUGGUUUCCGACUCCUUAGCUGAUGCUAAUUUCACCAGUAUACCAGCCAACGCAAGUCUUAUGGACAUCAUUCGCCAGGUCAACGUUCAAACGUUAUGGCAGGACGUCAUCAAAAUGAUUCUUCCUCCAGCAGGCGCGUCAAGCCCAAAUCCAAAGUAUAAUCUGCGGAGUGCCGCCUUGAAGAACAAACAAGUGAAAGAAAUUCCAUCUAUGUGUGGCCCUGACUCUCGCGACUUUCUGAUGAAGGCAAUCAGCGAAUCUUGGGCCAUGCAAAUGCUUGAUGCCGCGGGUAAACCAACCGCAGGGCUUUUGAAGGGAAGUCUACACAUGAUGGGAAAUUAUGACGAAUGCCUGGCCAUAAAAGCAGACUUUCCUACAGAGACAAAUACGACCAGGUCAUUUGGAGGUCGUUACUGUCGAGUAGCUUUUGAUCUGCCGAAGUCUCUCCUUAUAUCACUGGUACCAAGUCUGGCUACACAGAAACUGUAUGGUAUGAAAACUACACUAAGCCUUGGUGUUUGCCUCCCAGACAGUUGUAUGUCACAAGAUGUGAUAUAUUUCUUCGAAAGUGGUCCAGCAGCAGGAUUCGACUUAUCUCCCUUGAGUGUAACGUGUGACGAAUCCCUGGAUCUGGCCAGUGACCAAGACGCUAUCUUAGUUCUGGCUGUCGCUGGGGCCAUUAUAUUACUGGUUGUCUUAGCAACAAUUACCCACAUGUGCAAAUGGGGUCGACCAGGGUCACGUGACCAGAUGAACGGGAUGCACAUUUACGAGGAAUACCUUAACCAAGGGUAUGACGCUUAUGAUUCACCAGAUCCGAUUGGCUCAGAAACAGACUCAAAGGCAACAACCACAACAACGACAACCACCACCUCCUUCAGCAAUGGAUCCACGAAAGGGGACGUGGUGUCUGAGUCAACGAAUCUUAAAGCGAGACAAGGAUCCUUAAAAACCACAGAUCUUAAAGAUAACAGAUUUGACGAUAUCAGCGGUCUUAAAUUUGAGAAGAAACCAGAACUUGGCAAACGUAUUGUUUUGAGCUUCUCAGCCGUCCAAAGUAUUAGCCAACUAAUGUCGCACAGACGGGUAGACAACGCCAUUGACUGUAUACACGGGAUUCGUACCAUCAGCAUUCUGUGGAUCAUGCUGGGAAAUACAUACAUCUACAAUAUUCUGCCCAUCACAGACAGUCCUUUGGCUGUGGACAUGCUUGACACUUUGGAUAUCAUGAAAAGGUUUACCUUCCAAGCAGUAAUGGGCGCCCAUUACGGAAUUGAUACUUUCCUCAUGAUAAGUGGUUGCCUCAUCACCUACAGCGUUUUGUCAAGGUUUGCGAAAUUCGGAAAGUUCAAGUGGAAAACUCUUCUUGGUAUUGUGUUUCAACGAUACAUCAGACUCACGCCAGCAUACAUCAUGGUUUUAGCGAUAUUUGUAUACUGGUAUCGCUAUCUGGGUACUGGACCUAGCUGGCCUGAUCAUAUAAUGGUCGCCGAGAAGUGCCGAACGGACUGGUGGCACCAUUUGCUGUAUAUCAACAACAUCGUGGGUGUCCAAGGCAACGACGCCUUCCACCAGUGCAUGACAUGGUCGUUUUUCCUCGCUCUUUUAAUGCAGUUUUACUUAAUAACACCUAUACUGUUACUCAUGGCAACGUUUUCGUAUCGCCUAGCUGGAACGGUAUUGUUCCUUUUAAUGGCAGCAGGCAUUACCUCGGCAGGUGUUAAGGAACAUGAGUAUGGAGGAGAUCUUUUAUCAAUGAUAGACGACAAUGGGGAUUACUGGAACAAUGUAUUUAUCGCCCCCUGGUGUCGAGUUUCCUCUUACUGUAUCGGGAUGAUGCUCGGUCUAGCCCUCUUGAAGUUCAAGGAAAAGAAAUUCAAGAAGUUACCGUUGUGGAGCGCUAUUAUUGGCUGGAUGAGCGCCAUUGUGGUAGGCGUCUUCGUUGUAUACAUAAGCUACACCAAGUACCAACCAGAGCUGGAGGAAUGGAAUAGGAACAUGGAGGCGGCUUAUGAGGCUCUCGGACGACCGCUGUGGUGUCUUUGUGUCGCAUGGGUCAUAUAUGCCUGCUUCACUGGACGAGGUGGCCUCAUCAAUGUUUUCCUGUCCUGGCGAGGGUUCCUUCCAUUGUCCCGUCUUACGUUCGCCGUCUACCUUGUACAUCCAAUCUGGAUGGUUUUCUACAUGUAUACUGACCGAUCUCUCAUCUAUAUCCUUCGCGAUUACAGCAUGACUUACCUUUUCCUCGGACACACUGUAAUGUCAUUUGGUGUUGCCUUCGUUGUCGCCGUUGUCUUCGAGAAGCCAUUUUGUAAUCUUGCGAGAGCAAUUCUGAAGAAGAAGUAAACCUGUAGACAAAGAAUCAAACAUUUGUAUGAGCAAACGUCGACCUUUUAUAGCGUGUGCUUGAGAUGAAUUGUAGACAAUUUAGACAAAGUGCUUAUCCAUAAAAAGACAUUAAUUGUAUUUUUUUCAACUUACAUCAUAUCAAUAAAGUAUUCAUAUAUAUUGCAUGUUAUGUUAAACAAUCCCAAAUGCGUUACGGUACAGAACAUAUAAUUAUCUUAAUAUUGGCAUAAUAGACUGUGAAUAUAUUCUCAAGGUGUCACAAAACAAAUAUUUUUUGUGUAUGAUUUUCGUAUUCAUUUUGUUUCAAGAUUUUGAGGGGAAAAACAACACAACAAAAAUAAAAACGCACUUCGAAAUUCAUUUUCAUCUUCGUCAUAACUUCGUUAAUUGUAAAUAUUACGCUUCUCAUUAAUGUAUUUAUGACACACAUAUCAGUAUUAGAUUCUGUACAAAUAUCUAGUGGCGUAAUGAACGUUAUCUAAUAAAAAUCAUUUUGUCAUUUCAAUUCCGUAAAAAAAAGUAAUAAUUUAUUUCACUAGCGUAUUGUAUCAUUUUAAAUUGAUAGUAUAUCUUAUAUUUAUAUAUUUCAAACCUGAUAUAUAACGCUAACAGGUUUAUUGUUUCCAUAUACAAUUUGUCAGUUUAGAUGGAGAUGAGGUCAAGACCACAGCAACAACUCCUUGUAGAAUAUAUAUAUUUUUUGAAUAGUAGAAAGUGUUGUACAUGUACAGCCAGGCCGUAUAUCUACUUAUCUGUCAUUGUUAAGUGCCAUCAUUCAGCAGUUAAUGUCCCGAUAUGGCUAUAAAUAUAGCCAGGUUGCAGUGGCAUUUACAGGCUGACCAGUGCCAUUUCUGUCCAGAAGGCGAGUCACCCUGUAAAUAUUUUAUGUGUUCUGUGUGUCUAUCGCUAAAUUCCUUGUGAAAAGGAAGUAGGCCUGUGUAUUGAAAUGUUCUUAAUCAUGUAAUCAGUUAAGAUUGAGAGAAUUGAUAUUUUUAUAUAAUAUUUAUAUGUAUAAUGAAAUUUAUGUUUCUAUAAUUGAAAUAUAUCAAUAAUAGGAUGUGUGAAAGUGAAAAAAACAGAUUUUUAUUCAGUGAGGCUAUAUUCAGAUUCGUUAUUAGUUUAUGUCACAGCCUGUUGCCUAAUUUUGAUGUCUGCUUUGUGAACGAAUGAAAUAAACAAAAACCAACACUUUGCAGGAAAUGCAUUGAUAGACUGUAAAA